AUGGACAUUACUGGAACAUCUACAAAUAUUCCUUUGUCACUGAGUUUGGAUACUGUUGAUUAUUAUCGGGAUCAUGUCACACGAGGUGAACAUGUUGUACCAGAUGAUAUUGAAAAUGGUGAUCAGCCAAAUUAUGGUGAAUUAUCACAGGGCAAUGAUAGUGAGCCUAAUAAUGCUGAGGGUGGUGAAUGCCCUUAUGACUCAUCAUCGAGUGACGAUGACGAAGAACCAGAUAUUUUUAUGGAUAUGCAUGAAAAUGAUUUUAUUUCUACUAAUGUGUUGCUUGAACCAACAGAUUUUCUAAAUGAGAAUUUUUAUCUUCCUAGCAAAAUGUUGUUCAAAUUAAAAGAAGAUCUACAAAGAGCGGUUAGGCUCUAUCAUUUUAAAGAAGGUAGGGAGUUCUUUGUCGUUAAGUCGGGAAAAGAAGUCUUUAGAAUUUGUUGCAAGCGUGCAUAUGAAGGUUGUUUAUUCAAACUGUGUACUACUAAAAAUAGUAGUAAUAACUUAUGGAAAAUUGGAAAAUACAUCGAAAAGCAUACUUGUAACAUGGGUGACUGUCGCGGAGGUCACUUCAAUUUGGAUAUAAAUGUGAUUGCAGCUGUUCUUUAUCCUAUCAAAGAUUGUCAAACAUCCAUUCUCAAUAAAUACCGCAAAAUAAUAAGUCAUCGUAAGGCUUAUCUUGGACGGAAGCGCGCCUUUGAAUUAGUCUAUGAAAAUUGGGAGGGCUCCUUUUAUAAAUUGCCAAGGUUCAUGGUAGCUAUGAAACAUGUCAAUCCCGGCUUCAUUGAUGAAUGGCGAUUUGAACAACAUAAGGGAGUUGAUGAAUGUGUUUUCAAUUAUGUGUUUUGGAUGUUUAAGCCAUGUGUCGACGGUUUUCGUUAUUGUUGGCCAGUGAUAUCAAUAGAUGGAAUACACGUAUAUGGUAAGUAUGAUAUUAAAUUAUUGAUUGCGGUAGGUACAGACGGCAAUGGAUCCAUAUUUCCAUUAGCUUUUGCUGUAGUAGAGAAUGAGAGCCUUAAUACAUGGACUAAAUUUUUGCAUGAUUUGCAUGAGCAUGUUGUGUGUGGUCGUCAAGGUAUUACCUGGAUAUCUGACAAACAUCAUGGCAUUCUUGAAAGUGUCUCGAUAGAGCGUAAUUGGCAAUCUCCUUUUGCCUAUCACCGCUACUGUUUAAGGCACUUGAAAGAAAAUUAUCAGAGAGGGUACAAAAGUGUUCGACUAAAUAACCUCUUAUGGGCAGCUACAACUGCUACCGGAGAGAAAAGAUUCUUGUUACGAAUGGAGUUGAUAAAAGAGACACACUUGUCAGUAUAUGAGUGGUUGAUGAAUAUUGAAUUAGAAAAAUGGACCUUACACAAAGAUGACGGUAGGAGAUGGGGUAUGCUAACAAAAAAUAGCUCAGAGUCAUUUAAUGGCUUGUUGAAGUCGGCUUAG